AUGGCGUCGCUAGCUGCAAAUGUUGGGGAACAUCUCCUUGAAGGAAUCACCAUCUACCCAUACCUAUACGUCAAUGUCAUAAUCUCAUCGAUGCUCCUAAUAUACAAUUUACGUGACUUUAAGCUUUUUGUGCUUUCAGUAUGGAACAUCUCCAUCACUCUACUCGUUUCAGUUCCAUUACCAGAUUUUCAAAUUGCACUCAUUGCCAUCACAUCGACAAUAUUAUCUUACUUUUCACUAAAACCACCCAAUCCUACCAACUACAACACUAUUAACGACAGCAAUAACGAUAACAACAACAACUACAGCAACAACACUAAUGACUUUUUUGAUGAAAAGCUGCAGAACAAAAGGUCAGAUUUUUUGGAGUUGACCAUGAGACUUCUACAAUACUACCAGUUGAGUCUAGUUCUCAUUUCUGCUGGUCUUUUGUCACUUGCAAAGCAGACAAUUGUCAAUAUCGAACAACUCGGCAUGAACAAAUCCACACCUCUUACACUCCUAACCUCUGUGAUUAUCAAUCAUGAUUUGAGUAUGGAGAAUAUCCAACAAAGCUUGGCAAUGGUGGAAAUCAUCCUGAUUAAUUGUUGGAGUGUCCUAAAUUUGUUUGCCUAUGUCAUGAUACCCUUGGUUCUAACCUAUAUUUAUAAUCGGAGAGGACAAAACGAUUGUGCAGUAUAA